AUGACCCAAAUUGAAAACCUGCGAACGGCCACCCCCUGUAAGGUGACUGGUCAAGGGCUGUGUCUGGUCGGCCCAGCCUGCUCUGCACGAGAGUCAGAUGGUCGGACACCGCAAGCCGCACGUCGUUGCGCUGGUUGUCUGACGACUACUUCUCCACUGGGGGACAGGCUUCUGGGCUGUACACGUUACCUCCACGGUGGGAUGUUGGCUGAGGCACGACGGCUGCCGCCGUCGCGAGACGAACGUUCUCGACGGUCAAUGUGCGCGAUUUCCCAGACGGGCACAUAUCAACCGUCAUUGAGACCUUGUACGGGGCCCGUGUAUGGGGCGUCGAGCCUCGCUGGGAGGUUCCGUCUCGCGACGGGCCAAAUCUACCGUCACCCGAACUUAACACAAGUCUCCUUUCCCUGCGGAGUGGCCUCGCCCCUGUCGCAUUGCGCCGACCGCAGGGAGGGACUUGUCCUUGAAACCCGCGUCUUGGCGUGGAUCCUGAGAGGCGUAUUGGGCCAUUUUGGUGGUGACAGGAUUUGUGUGUGGGCUACACUGGCUCCCGCUGACCAAUUUGCGCCGCCAAUGGGUCAUUAUAGAGGUCUGCAUCUGCCCGCUUGGGCUACAUAUUUUUCAGUCUCUUUCAAUCAAUAA